UGUACCAUGGUCCGUCCUCCCUGAAUUUCCUGCACAAUAUCUCCUCUCAUAUAAAUGGCGGGAGCGUCACCUUCCGGCUUCGACGAGAGUUUGCUCCCCUGAGUUCCAUUAUUAUUCAAACUGAACUCCCUCACACAUUAUUCGCACAGUUUGACUUCACUCCUCUCUCUCUUUCUCUCUCUCUUCCAAUUUCAAUCGUGAACGUUAAGGGUUUUGAAUCUAGGGUUUCUGAAAAAUUGAAGUCCAGGCCAAAGCGCCGAUUCAAUCGCCAAUGGAGGCCGCGGCUGGUGUUGCCACCGCACGCAAUGUUUCUACCCCCGUUUCCUCCCCUCAGCCUUCUCGCAAGGAGUGGCGUGUAGUCUCCGACCAUUCGGAACGUUCGGAUAAGGAGCGCUCCAAGUUUGGGCAGUCCGAUGAGAGAUUGAUAUACGAGGUGCAGCAAGGGAGAAAUCCAUCUGAUGUGGGCUUUUGUUCCCUUAUUCUUGAUGGUGGGCCGGACAAUGAUCUUCUGCAGCAGAGACUUCAUACUGUGGUGAACCAAAGAGAGGAGUUGCAAAGGAUGGAGACUGAGCUUCAGGCUCAGCUCAUUGCGAAAACUGAGAUGUUGGAGAUGAGAAAUACCUUUGACGCUCAAGUCAAAGAACAAGCAAACACCAAUGCGAAGCUUCAGGAGCAACUGCAAGAAAGGGCAGAGACAAUAUAUGAGCUGGAAAGCAGACUUGAAGAGAAGGAAAGGGAGUUGCAUGCAAUAAGAUUGGACAAUGAGGCGGCUUGGGCAAAAGAGGACCUACUUAGAGAACAAAGCAAAGAACUGCAAACCUACAUGAGAGAAAGAGACAACUCUGAAGCUGAAAGAGCUCAGUACAUAAAACAGAUUCACGAUUUUCAGGAACAUAUUCAAGAGAAAGAAAGGCAGUUCUUGGAAUUACAGGAACAAAACAGAAUUACUCAGGAAAACAUUGUUUACAGAGAUGAACAAAUGAGGGAGGCUCAGGCUUGGAUGAGCCGAUUUCAGGAAAUUGAGGCAUUGCAGCAAGCUGAACUACGUGAACGAACAGAACAGUGUAACCAGCUGUGGCUUGGUUGCCAGAGACAGGCUGCUGAGAUGGAGCGCCUACAUUUGCAUAUACAACAGCUCCAGGCAGAAUUGACAGAGGCUAAAGAAAGGAAUAACACUAUCUCUGAUGGCUCUCAAGUGUCUAAAUCAAGCUCUAAAGAUACUGCUCAGAUUGGAAAGAGAAGUAGUGGCCUACUUCUUGAUAGUGGAAAGGAUGUUUCAGGUGUAAAAUCUGGCCACUUAUCCAAUGGACAUGAUGAAAGUGAUUCUUCAUUAUCUGCAAUGAAUGCAUCAACUCAGAAUGAUCAUCUCCAUGGUCUUUCACUUGCUCCUUCAUCUUUACUUGGGAUGCCAACCUACAUCUCUCCAGGACAGAUUACUGCUUUACACCCCUUUUUAAUGCACCAACAGGGUAUUCCUCCUGUUCCUCAGUCUCAUGUUGUGCAUUUCCACUCUGUACCUGGAUCUGCUAUGCCAUCAGUUCAACAUUGGCCUAACCAACAGGUUGCACCUGAUGGUUCUGAGUUGUCUUCCCACAAUCAAUCUUCUCUCCAAACUGAUUCAACCUUGUUGAGAUCCAAUUCUAGCUAUCAGUAUGAAACUUCUGUCAACGGGAAUGGUUUUCAUUCAGAGCAUCCGGAUACCAAUAUUAUCCACAAGAUUGAAUCACCAGAUUCUGUAGCUCAUUCAAAUGAAGUGGAGCAGAAAAAUCAGCAGACCUUGCAAUAUAUCUCCUCUCAGAUUCAUAAUGGGCUAAGGUUGGAUCCUAAUGUACAAAAGAAUGAGUUUCAGGUGAAUGGUGUAAACUCUUCAUCAAUUCCAGGGAUCGAAUCCCAAGGAUCGAUGAUAGGGGAAAUUACUUCUCCUGCUGAGUAUUCACCUUUGAACAUUCUAGAGCAGGCGAGCAACUCAAACGAGAAAGUAACAAACUCCAACGCUAAUACUACUUUACCCGAAUCCAUGGUUUCUAUGGGCCAGAAAAAUGCAUAUCCUGUUAACCCUGCUGAACCUAUCUUACUUGAUGAACAAUCAUUACUAGCCUGCAUAGUUCGCACCAUUCCACCUGGUUCUAGUGGUCAAAUUAGGAUAAGUACAACGCUCCCAAAUAGGCUAGCAAAAAUGCUUGCACCCCUGCACUGGCAUGAUUACAAGAAAAAGUAUGGGAAACUUGAUGACUUUGUAGCAAGUCAUCCUGAAUUGUUUGUGGUUGAUGAUGACUAUAUUCAACUUCGAGAAGGAGCUCAAGAGAUCAUAGCAGCCACUGCAGCUGUGGCUAAAGUUGCUGCAGCAACUGCAGUCCCAUCAUUGUAUCCGUCGCGUUUACAUUCUGUUGCUGUUACGCCCAUGGCUCAAUCUCACAGGUUGAAGAAGAAUGCAGAUGCCAUUUCUCAGUCUGUGGCAAUGCAAAGUCAGCAUUCCAAUAGUUCUUGCAGUGUGGGUGAGGGCAUCGCAAAUGUAAAAAAUUUGGCUAAACCCAGAGGUCCAGUGGAGCUCAAUGCAUCUGAAACUCAUCCUGCACAGCUCCCAAUGGGUAAUGGAAUCCACCCUCAGAAAAAUGAUUUAGUCACUUCUCAAAUAAAGGGAUCAUCUCUUGGGAGAGGCAAUGUGAAUGCACAUGGUAAACAUCGUGGCAGGAUUAACGUGCUUCCAUCCAACUCAAGAAGAUAGUAAGUACACUCUUUUGUUGUAAUAUGCUCACUUGUGAGGGAGCAUAAUACAGUUUAACUAUGUAAAAAUUCAAUGUCUCACUCAAAGAGUACAUUAACAACCAAUCCUUUAAACCCAAAAUAUUGGGGUCUGCUAUGAGAACCAAUAUUUCUUCUUUGUGUAGGGGUAAGGUUUGCAUUCACAGUCUACACACCCUUCAUAGACCCUACUUUUUGUGGGAUUUCUCUGGGUUGUUGCUACAAAAACCAACAAUCUCUUGUGACCCUUCACUAGAAUUCUCAUUCUCAUACUCAUUUUACUAUGUACUAUAUGUUCUCUAAGUCGUAAUGCAUUAGUCUCUUUUUACACAUUCAAUCCAUAUCAUUUUUGGUAUACUGCAGAUCUUCCACUCUUAAAUUUUCAAGACUCAACCCUCUUUAUUGGGAAGCUUGCUUCUCAACAGCUGAGGUGCCCAAAUCAGCCUAACCAACUUUUCAUUAAUCUUCAAAUGUUGCUACUUCAAACACCUCUUUGUAUCUUCUUGUUGCAUUCUAUUAAUUCAAAAUCAUGCCACACCAAUUCAGCACAAACAUCUUCAUCAUGCUAUCUUCAUUAUUA